AUGUACUACCAAUUCAAUAAGGUAGCAUUUUGGCCGGGUAUGUAUCAAUAUCUGAGAACAAAAGACGGAAUAUCCCUCUUUUCGAGCGCUGGUUUAGCUAAACCAUUCGAAAUUGUCGCGAUCGACUUAUUCUUCGAAAUAUCCUGGAGCGGAUCAGUGGUUGCGAGAUCGCGAAAGCGAGUUCGAAAGUUCUAUCAUGGAGGCAACUUUGUUCAGUUACGAGUAUUGAGUAGAAGUUCGCAAAAGGUUAUUGCCCUUGAGAAGACGAUUUGGAUUGGCGUCUCUUUAACAUCAGCACUGCAUUCAUGCAACGCUAGUAUCAGUUGCACAGGCAGGAAAAGUUCUUCCCGAACAUCCGCUUCGUCCGGAAUGGAUCCAACAAGUAUGACAGUCGUUGCGGGAUUCGCAAAAGAAUACGAUUCAAUCAUCCUUACUGUUAAACGAGUUGUUGGCUUUGAGGGAAAACUCAUCAUUCCACCAGCCGGAUUCGAGAAAAUGAUGGACCGUUUAAAAACAGAAAAUUAA